GGUGCACCAACAAGCGCGUUGCAUGGCCUACUAGGUCCCUACUACACACGCCGCAAUGGGAAGGGUUGACGAGAGUUCCCAGGGAGAGAGGAUGGUGAUGACAGUUGCUGAGAUAGUCCGCCAGCUCAUAGAAGCUCACCAGAAUGGAAAAGAUAUAAAUCUGAAACAAGUUGAAAGGUUUUACUGCCCGCAAGUACAGGUUAGCAACACAACCUCGACUUGUCGACAUCAUUGCAGCAGUACCACCUGCUUAUAAAGAUGCAUUGUUGCCUAAAUUGAAAGCCAAACCUGUGAGGACAGCAUCAGGCAUAGCAGUGGUUGCUGUCAUGUGCAAACCACAUCGCUGUCCACACGUCACUUUCACUGGAAAUAUAUGCGUGUACUGUCCAGGUGGUCCGGAUUCUGAUUUUGAGUACUCCACACAGUCAUACACUGGAUAUGAGCCUACAUCCAUGCGGGCAAUUCGUGCUCGCUAUAACCCUUAUUUGCAAGCUAAACACCGCUUAGAGCAGUUAAAGCAGCUGGGUCACUCCAUAGACAAAGUGGAAUAUAUUGUCAUGGGAGGAACAUUCAUGGCCUUGGAUGAUGAAUACAAGGAUUUCUUUAUUCGAAACCUCCAUGAUGCCUUAUCUGGACACACCAGCAACUCUGUGGAAGAGGCAUUGAGGUACUCUGAGAGAGGCAAAACUAAGUGUAUUGGAAUAACAAUUGAGACCAGACCUGACUACUGCCUAAAGAAACAUCUUGGGCAGAUGCUGAGUUAUGGCUGCACAAGGUUGGAGAUUGGUGUCCAGAGUGUGUACGAAGACGUUGCUAGAGACACUAAUAGAGGGCACACAGUCCGUGCUGUGUGUGAAUCUUUUCAGUUGGCAAAGGAUGCAGGCUUUAAAGUUGUUGCGCACAUGAUGCCAGAUCUACCGAAUGUUGGCCUGGAAAGGGAUAUUGAGGGCUUUGUUGAAUUCUUUGAAAACCCAGGAUUUAGGGCUGAUGGAUUGAAGUUGUAUCCUACCCUUGUCAUAAGAGGCACAGGCCUCUAUGAGCUCUGGAAAACAGGUCGUUAUAAGAGUUAUCCUCCUGAUAUGUUGGUGGACCUUGUAGCCCGUAUUCUUGCUCUUGUUCCCCCCUGGACCAGAGUUUACAGAGUACAAAGAGAUAUUCCCAUGCCACUGGUGACAUCAGGAGUUGAACAUGGGAACCUCAGAGAACUUUCUGUGGCUAGAAUGAAAGAUCAUGGUACACAGUGUAGAGAUGUGCGUACAAGAGAAGUUGGAAUCCAAGAAAUUCACAACAAAGUUCGACCCUACCAGGUUGAACUAAUCAGACGUGACUAUGUAGCUAACAAUGGUUGGGAAACAUUCUUGUCUUACGAGGACCCUGAGCAAGAUAUCUUGGUUGGACUGUUGCGUCUAAGAAAAUGCUCUUCUGAUACAUUUAAACUGGAACUGAAAGGUGGUGUGUCAGUCGUCAGAGAGCUACAUGUCUAUGGUAGUGUGGUGCCUGUAAAUGCCAGAGAUCCUUCGAAGUUCCAACACCAGGGGUUUGGAAUGAUGCUGAUGGAAGAGGCAGAAAGAAUAGCUCUUAAAGAACAUGCAUCACACAAGAUAUCUGUCAUAUCAGGAGUGGGGACAAGAAACUAUUAUCGUAAGUUAGGAUAUGAACUAGAUGGACCAUACAUGUCUAAAACCUUUCAUAUUUUAUCUGCCACUUGCUAAUUUGUGUGUAUUCUCCGAAAUGAAGAUAAUUAAUAACGCCAACAUCAUUCUCUCUACCAGUUUUCAGAUAUUUCACAACAAACUAUGAGGUGAUAAGUUGGGGGAUACAAAAAGCACAUGCACAUUGGCGUGAUAUAUUAUUAGUCAGUUCAUGUAAAAACAAAAUCAAAUG